AUGCUUAUCGGUUUUUUUCUUACCAUUUUGUGCGUAUACAAUGAUCGUGGAAUAGACAUAAAACAGCUAUUUCUGAUAGUAAACUCUCGGCUACUAUUAAAAGAAGAACGCGAAAAAGAAAAACAGAAUAAUUCGACUUUUGCACCUACAUACAAAAAGUCGCUUUCCGACAGUAUCAAAAGCGAAUAUCCAGAAAACUAUGCCAUCUUAUUAGUCAAGACAUACUAUGUGUUGCGAAAGUGUAUCCAAUACGUUGGAUGCUAUCACUUUUUCUGUUUCUUGGAAGAGUCACAAUUACAAAGCAAAGGAAUACACAAGAAACACAUGCAAACAAUAAAAGACGGUCAACAUAGUAAGUACCAGACCAGACUAUUAAAAGCUGCUGGUAAAAGAUUCCAUGUCUUGUUCAAGGAGUUUAAAUACGGGGCUCUUGCAAUUGUAAUUCCUUACUACGUUGCAGCCCUUGAACGAUGGAGCGGGGAAAAAUUCAAGAAGUUCAUUAAUGUUAUCAAGCAGGACAAGGCCUUAACCAAGGAACUAGAAGAUCUUCAGCUUCGCUCCACUUUCUUGGACAAAACUGGAGAAUUACACUACAUAUAUUAUAAAGACAGCGACUACAUUUAUUGCAAUGAUAUUCAAAAUAAAAAAGAAGUUCAUUUUUGCUACUUGGCUUUCAUUCAAGGUCGUAGUGUUUCAUUGAUCCUAAUUGUGACAAAAUGA